GGUCACAAAAUGCAGCUUCUCAAACUUCAUACACGAUUGCACUUUGCCAGGAAGAUAUUCUCUACCUGACAGGAUCUCCACAAGCGCAAUAAUGACUGGCGAAAAAAAGAAAGCACACUCACCGGGCGCUCGCAUAGCCGUGCACGACCCCGUAGGGGCUGAAGGCGGAGGCGGACGACAUGCUCGAUCCAACCCCAUGUCUCAAUUCAACUCGGAAGCCGGACUUCAAUUCUACACCACGCAACUAGGUGGCGACCGGGCGGCCGUUGAGGCUGGACAACGCAUGCAGCACAUGGCAGCUGCCCCGACACCCAAUCCCCUUACAGGCGAAUUGCCAAUUGUGGAAGAUACCAUAGUUUGCGAGGACAAGAGCGGCAGGAAAGUUCACUUUGAGAGUGGGCCGACGUGCAGCGAGAGUCAGAGUACCAAUACAGAGCAUUGAAUAGGGGAUUGUCAUGUUUCUGCUCUGUAGGUUGUCGAAAUAUACAUACUGUCUGUCUAAUGCUAUGAGCUGCGCUGAAGAUUGGGAAGGGCCUUCUACAAAUGC